AUGGCGGCGGUGGUCCGGCCGCCUGAAGGGGACAAGGCGGUGCUCUCUGCGCUGGCCUUUCACGUCCCUCGGCGUACCACCAGCGAGACUGGCGCAACCGGCAGCCAUCAUCACCAUCACCACUCGCACCACCACUCGCACCACCACCACACACACCAUCACUCUGGCGGCAGCAGCAGUACGCACUCGACCGCAAGCAGCAGCACGAGCAGCCUCAACAGCGGCAGCAGCAGCAGCGGUAACCAGAGCCAGCAGAGCCGGAACGACGCUCCUCCUCCAGCAACCCGAGCGCGCGCGUCGUCACUGCUCGACAGCAUCACGGCCGGCGCGGCGGCUGCAGAGUCAGAGCUCACUGCAUUCACCACUGCAGCAGCGGCGGCAGCGGCAGCGGCCACAGCAGCAGCAGCAGCAGCAGCAACAGCGCAGCAGCAAGCCACUUCGACAACUGCCGUUCAAUCUUACCCAGGAACAGCGGCCUUUGUCGGCUCGCACCCUGGCCCACCGACGGCCCUCGCUGCCGACCCAGCGUUGUUGCAGACGAGUCAUUCGUUGACUGCGCGUGCGGGCGGGGCUGCGGGUGGCGAGGCGCGGGCAGCUGGAUCGGACGCUUGGACGUCAAUCCCGCCAGCCCAAGCAGCAGCAGCAGCAGAAGGAGGCAGACCGGCGUCGACCCUCUCCACCUCGUCCUUCUCCUCGUUGUCGUCGUCGUCGUCGUCCACAGCAUCGUCGUCCUCGUCAUCCAUGUCGUCGCCAACGUCCGCGUCGCCUGCCGUGGUGGCUGCCGCUGCCGCUGUUGGUGCUGGUGCUGGUGCUCGUCCAAACGCCAACUCCGAUGAUGCCAAUUGGCAAGACCAGCCCCAGUCGCCGCCCUCCCCGCCCGUCUUUGUCUCGCGGCGCACCUGGAAGCCAACCAUCCGCACAUCCAAGUACCUGCUGGACUUGUUCCGAGUGAUCAACCCGAAUUUCCAGUACACGACAACGCUCAAUCCCCGACGAGUGCUCACCCAGCCGUCCGAAGGAAGGCUCAACCACAACCACGACAAUGAGCAUUCAGACUACAUUCUCUAUGUCAACGAUGUGCUGGGCGAUAUUCCAGGACAUCGAUACAUCAUCGUGGAUUCGCUCGGUGCAGGCACAUUCGGCCAAGUGGUCAAAUGUCGACGAGAAGGCUCGGACGAGCUGGUUGCAGUCAAGGUUGUCAAGAACAAACCCGCCUACUUUAAUCAAUCCAUGAUGGAAGUGCGAAUCCUGGGACUGUUAAAUAACAGCCAUGAUCGGGAUGAUCGCCAUCACAUCACCAGACUGUAUGACUCGUUCAUCUUCCGAGAGCACUUGUGCAUCACCUUUGAACUUCUUGGAGUCAAUUUCUUUGAGCUCCUCAAGCAGAACAAGUUCCGCGGCUUGUCGCUCAACCUCAUUCGGCUCUUCACCGCCCAGAUUCUUGACGCUCUCGCCGUUCUGAAGCAAGCCAAAGUCAUCCAUUGCGAUCUCAAACCUGAGAACAUUCUGCUCAUCGACUCGCACUCUCCUGCAAUCAAAAUCAUUGAUUUCGGCUCGGCGUGUUACGAACACGACACCAUGUACACUUACAUCCAGUCUCGGUUUUACCGCUCGCCAGAGGUGCUGUACGGAUUGCCGUAUGCAAGCGCAAUCGACAUGUGGUCGGUCGGUUGCAUUGCCGCCGAGCUCUUCUUGGGUCUUCCAAUCUUCCCCGGCUCUUCAGAGUAUGAUCAAGUCUACCGCAUUGUGUCAUUGCUUGGUUUACCUCCAACCCACAUGAUCCGGAAUGGAAAAACUGCUCACAAAUUCUUCCGUCGUGUGGAUGCGACAAAUUACGAGCUGGUCUCGAUGCAAGCGUUUGCAAUGGAAUACAACACUGUCGAGAAAGUGUCCAAGCGUUAUUACGAGAUGAACUGUCUUGACGAUUUAGUACAGAUAGGGUUGAAGACUGAUCUCACCGACCAGCAGCGCGAAAAGGAAAUUGCGCUCCGACGCUCGUUCAUCUCGUUCCUGGGAGGUCUGCUGAAUGUGGAUGCCAGGCACCGUUGGACUCCAACACAAGCUGCCGCCCACCCGUUCUUGCGCAACGAACCACUGGUCACACCGUUCGUGCCUGCUCCGGACGCUGGCGUCCUCCCCGCCACGCACGCCGCAGCUCCACCACCACAACCACCACCACCAAUUACGGCAGCGCCGCCGCCGCCGCCGGCUGCUGCGCCACAGUAUUCGCUGGAGGAGCAAAACGCGUACUAUUUGCAACUUGUUGCCAAAGCCAAGGAGCAGCAGGAGCUCGAGAAAGCCAAGGCUGCCCAGCAAGAGCAACAAAAGCAACAAGAAGAAAUGCAACGCGCUCGCAUCCUGCAACAGCAGUUGGCCGCUGCAUUGCCAAACUCUGCCAUUCACGAGGCCGUCGCUGCGGCGGUCGUCGGGGGCGACAACACGAUUCGAAAGCGUGCCCACACCUUCCACGGCAACGCGGGCGUGUUUGGCGAUGUUUCUAACGAGACCAUUCUCGAUCGAGCUCCCAACCUGUCUUCCGUUUCCGAACAGCAGCCAGCUGUUGAAUGGGGUAGCGAGACGAACGCUGCUGCGACAUCCGACAAGCAGCCAAGUGACUCGCAAGACCAGCCCGCGCUUGGAACGUCCUGGAACGAUAUGGCUUCCAAGUCGCUCAGCCCAGCAACAGACCAGCCACUCUCGGAAGCCCCGACACAGACAUCCCAACAGCCCCUUCAAGAUGCCAACAAGCUGCUUUCGCAACUGUCUUUUGGCGCGGAUCCUGCUGCCUUUGCUCUCGCGCCGUACUCGUCAAGCUGGACUGGGGUUUCCGAGUAUCUGCAAGAGCAUAGUUUAACAUCGUCACAACCCUCGACUGGACCAUCGACAACGCUCGAUUCCCAACUUGCGCGAUUAACCAUCGACGCGACUGCUGAGCUGGCUCCGCCUCGCGCAGGUUCGUCGGACGAAUUCGGCUCGUCCAAGCAUUCCGCCUCCAAUCCUUUGUCUCCCGACGAGCUGGGUCAGCCAAUUUCGUCGUCCGAAGAAGCCAGCAACGACAGCACCUCCACUCCUGGCUGGGACCAGUACGGUCGGGCGCCAAUUUCGCCCGACUGGAAUGACGCCGAGUUUGGCACGGCAAGUGGCGGUGCAGCAGGAAGCUAUGGCAUGUCGAGCGUGAAUGAUCAGCAAUUGCAAGCGACUCGACCUCCUGGGCGCAUUGCGGCCUAUUUCAAAGGCCAGCUCCAACAAGCAACAAGCGAACCAGAGCAGCUUUCGCAGUUCCCGCUGCAAGCACAAACAGCACCUGUGCCUCCAUCCCACCAAAAUUUGCGAAACAAUCAACGUGUCGUGUUCACCGGCCACUCUGCCCCGCCUUCUGCUGGUGUCGACGCCAGUUCGGCCUACAUGGGAUCCUACGAAUUGGCAAAUCACGAUGAUGAAGCAUCAAGUGAGCCGUUCUUUUCGCAUCGUCGGCUCUCGUUUGGUGCCUUCCCAACGCAUCUUUCCUCUGGUCGCGCACCACCAGAGGGCGACUCGGCUCCGAUUCCAGACACGCCAUCGUCGAAUGCUCCGCUCUUGGCCUCCGGAGCCGUGGGGUCGCAACAGCCGCGCGGUGGUGCAACCGCCAUGCGACGACUUUCGCAUCAAAAUUUGCAGCGCCAACAGCAGCAGCAGCAGCAGCAGCAGCAACAUUAUCAUCAGCAGCACCACCACCACCACCACCACCACCAGCAGCAGCAGUACCAGCAGCAGCAGCACGGCCCGUCGUCCCUCAUGUACCAUCCUCCUUCCCACCCAGGAAUGUACAUGCAGCAGAUGCCCAGUUUGUACCAGCAACCACCGCCGCUCAUGACUCUGCCCGGGCAUCGCUCGUCCCCGAGCAUGCAAAUUCCCACUGCCCCACUGCAGCCGCAUCUGUAUCCGGGGUAUGCUUCCACGCCCGACGAUGCACCCACAUUCCCACUCCUCGGAACUUCCAUGUCUGCAUCGUCGUUUGGCACCAUGUACUCGUCGCCUCCUUCGUCGCAUCAGUGGUCUGGAUCGGAUCCCUUCUUCCAACAGCACUCUGCGCAGUCCAGUGGCUCGCAUCAGCAGACACGCCACUCUCCCCUCUCCCCGCGCUCUGGUGAACUCGAAGACAAUCGCUAUGGAAGCAGUAGUGGAAGCAGCGCCGGAUCGCCAAGAUCCCGUGGCGGGUCGCAGUCGUUUGCGUCCUCUUCUUACUCAAACCGCAAUCGUUCCAGUGCGCCCAAGCAGCCUCACAGCGCACCAGGAUAUGCACCAACACAGCCGCAGCAACAGCAGCAACCGCAGCAACAGCAGCAACCGCAGCAACAGCAGUAUUCACAGCAACAGCAGUAUUCACAACAGCAACAGCAAUAUUCGCCACAGCAAGUACAGCAAUUCUACUAUCAGCAGCAGCAGCAGCAACAACAACAACAACAACAACAACAACGCGCGUUUGGCUCACAGAUGUCUUCAUCGCCUCGACAGGCCCAACAGUACCAGCAUCAUCAGCAUCAGGCCAUGUAUAAUCCUCCAAUUCCCGGGUUGAUGGGUGGAGCUGCUUACAUGGGAAUGCCACCACUCGGCUCGAGCAUUGGUGCUGCGCGCAACAAUGCGGGAUCUGGACUGAGCAGUAGUGCUUACAGCUAUGGCUCUGCACAAGGAGCAGACAACUUGGAAUUUUCGGACGUUUUCGACUCGUCUGCGCUCGGCUCCAGUCCCAGGUCUGUCGCGUACCAGCCUCCUAGCUACCCCUAUUCCAACCAGCAAGCCCGACCUCCACCACGAGCGAGAUAG